CAGCUAGAACAAAAAUUUUUUCACUGUUAAAUAGGGCAUUGUUUACACUAUAUAUACCGCUAUUCAAAACAGAAAAUUUCGUACCUACGAUUUUUUCAGAAAAUGCCGCCUAAAUGCCCACUGUGCAUCUGCGAUCAAGGAAACCAACAUGUGAUGCGAUGGUCUCUUCAAAGUGGUACAUCUGAAGGUAAAACAAUCAUUCAAUGUUUUACUUGACUAUCAGAAUAGAUAAAAUAAAAAGAUUAUUUUCUAGUCGCAUGAUGCGACUCGCAUCAUCAUAAAUCUCAAAUUUGUUACAUUCCCCCUCCCCACCUCGAGCAAAAUUAACUAACAAUAGGUAAUUGAGAUAAAAACAUAACUGAUUUAGUACAUGUGUCUGCUUUCAGAAUGUAAAAUGGGAGGCUCAGAUAAAAUUUUUAAAUAUUAAUCUACAAGAUAUAGCUCGAAAAUUAGCUGAAGGAAAAUUGAAAUAUCAAAUAUAUAGUGAAGAUUUGAAUAAAUUUAAUAGUACGAUUGUUAAUUUAGAUAAGAAUUUAAAAACAAUUAUGGAUAGUGUAGAAUCAUUUAACAAAAAAGCGACAACUAUUGAAUCGAUAGAAAAUGCAUUAAAAUCUAUACAAGUAAACAGUCAUCAAUAGACUGGUAGAAGAAAACAAAAAGAAUGACAAAUAGAAAAUGAUAAAAUUAAAUUUUUUUGUUUAGGAAAUUACAAAUCAACAGCCAAACUGUUAUGUCAUGAGGACAUAAAGAGAUCAUAUGUUUGGAAAUGUGACUAUUCUUUUCCUUUCUGUUCUACUGACGUCAUGCGUCGGUCAGUGCUAUGCGUCAUGUUGUUAUGUCAUAAGGUCAUAAGAACAUCAUGUGUUAUCAUAUGGAACUAUUCUUUGUCCGUCCUGACGUCAUGUUCUUUUCUAUUCUUCUUACGUCAUGACCUGUUAUUCCAUCUGUUUCUCGGAUGUUCAAAUAUCUGUAAAUUUUAUAUAUAAAUAGUUGUAAUUUUUACUGUGUUUUCAUGUAGUUAUUUGGAUUACUAGUUUAUGACAAAUAAAGUGAUAGAAAAGUAUUCCAGUUUAUAUUUAAAAACGUAACACAAACGUUUUUCGUGAAUUACAAAUUCUUGUUGAAAUGUCAGAUGUUUUAUUAGAAUAUGUUGAAGAUCCUACACAUUUUUGGUAAAAUAAAUCUAUUCAAGAAAAUAAAUUUAUUUUUAAUUUUUAAUUUUUAUUUUUAUUUUAAGAGAUGUUAUUGAUUCUACACGAGAAUAUCAAAAUCAAUUUUUUAUUCGCGUAAAUUCUACAGGAAAUCGAUUAAGUGAUUUAAUUCAGCGUAUAAUUAAAGUUGUGUCUGAAAUAAUUGAUGAAAAUGAAACUCAAUUGCGUGAGCUAACAGACAAUGUUGGACGCUUUCAACAAAAAAUUUCUGAUAUUCAAGAUAAUAUUGAAGAAGCUUAG